AUGGCGUGGGCAGAAGAACAACUGGCACAGCCGGCCUCGGGAACAUGCGAGAAUAGGACCAAGUCUACUUUAUCAGAUGCGGAGAAUUCAUUCACCACUGCCUCGCACAAUGAGUCAGAAGCGAGGUUCCCUGAGCCAUCGAUAAUAUCUGAUGGUUAUGAGAGGAAAAAAUCAGCUCUCAGGGAGAAAUUGUUCACAAUGUUUCCGGAGCAAACGACCGCGAGAAAGCUCAGGUUAGAAGCAAACCGCGGCCCUUUCACCAGCUCGGUCUUUAUCCAACUCCCUCCAAAAUACCAGCUCCAACCUAUGUUUGAGGUGGCCUUUACUGAGGCUAGUCACCUUCUACCGCCAUUUGAUGUCCCUGUCCUAACAGAUCUUCUGGAACGACACUAUUCAGACCCUACUGUUCCACCAGGGAAGCUCCCUGGACGCUGGGCCAUGUUGAAUGCUACGAUAGCGGUGGCGAUUCAGUUACGGACCGCCAGGGGCUCGUAUAGCGAGAUGUCGGAACUGUCGUGGCACUUCUUCAAGAACGCAUUCAGCAUGUAUUCGGUCAUUGCUCUACGAGCGGCAGACAUUUUGGGCCUAGAACCGCUUCUUGCCAUGGCUAUAUAUAUGCAGGGAUCAAGUGAUGUGCGAACAACGUCCGUUCUCGUGUGUGCGGCCGCACGUCUAUCAUUGACAUUUGGAUUACACCGAAGGGAAUUUUACUCGGUCCUUGACGCUGCCGCCACUAACCGCCAUAAGAGGGCCUUCUGGAUUGCAUAUAUAUUUGACAAGAGCAUAUCUGUAAAAACAGGCUUGCCCUCUGUAUUUGACGACGAUGCGAUAAAUAUCGACUACCCAGAUCCGAUUAUGUCUGCGUCUCCAACGGAUAGAAACGCCCCAGAAACCAGCAUGUCAACCUCCGCUUUUCGAUUGCAGGCUGAACUAGCGAUGCUUGAAUUCAGCGUCGAGAGAAGGCUCUACUCCGGAUCGGCUACUAGGCAGAAUGUACAUCAGCUUCUGGACCUUGUGGCGGAGCUUGACCAUCAACUGGAGAAUUGGAAAGUGAAGCUUCCGUCGAGGCCAUCCGGCUUAGAAUUCUGCAAGGCCGCACUGUUGCAAGGGCACACAUUAACCCUUUAUGUGCGAAGCCCAGCGAAGCUUCCUGAUGAGAUACACAACAGUGCAAAUGUCUCAGUGGCGAAAGGCACUCUGGAAGAUAUUGCUACUUUCCAGCGCGCGGCAACUUCGGGUCCUACGAUCUUUGUCUCAUUUGCAGGACCCGUGUCAAAGUCGAAAGGAACGCCUGUGACAGAUGCUAUGAAACGCAUAUUUCCUAUACUAGUGGCGAGGCACUACGAGAGGGCAAUGGUCCUUGGCACAUGCUCGUAUCCCGCACCACAGGACAAAGGAGGUCUCAAGUGGAAGGCAUCGGUUAUACGUAUCAAGAUUAUAGGCGGGUCUGCUUAUGACGAGUUCAGGGGCCUUGGUGAGUUUGUAGCAUCUCAAGAUGUCUCGCAACUCAAGUGGACUUUGUUCCGUGUCCAUUUUUAA